AUGGAACCGGCCAAGAAGUACGUACGUAGUGAACUCGACACCCCUAUUGACACCUUGAUUCCCAUUCCAUCACCUAGACAUAGACGACGGCAGAGACUACUGCAGGAACAACAUCAGAUGACUCGGGUGGAGAACGGACAACCAAGGACUCUUGAGGAUAGAUCAGAUUCCAGUCAAGAGAAUUCAGUUGCUUCAGUCAAAGAUAGAAUAAAACAGUUUAAUAGUAGCAGUAGUGAAGCCUCCUCCCCCAAAGAACAAUCACCAAAUGAUUCACCAAAACUUAAGAUAAAACAAAAACCAUCGACAAAAGCUUUUGAAGUUUUUGAAAAUCAAGGAAUCAUUAUUGGAAUG